AUGAGAGCUGUUGUGCUCGCGUUGACUCUGGCCCUUGUGGCAAGUCAUCAGGUAAACCUUGUUCCAGAAUUUGCUGCCGGUAAGACCUAUGUGUACAAGUAUGAGGGUCUGCUUUUGGGUGGUCUGCCUCAAGAAGGUCUGGGCAAGGCUGGAUUAAAAAUCAGCAGCAAAGUUCAAAUCAGUGCUGUUGCUCAAAAUACCUUCCUCCUUAAGCUGCUGGAUCCUCAACUCUUCGAGUACGCUGGCAUCUGGCCACAGGAUUCUUUCAUUCCUUCUGCUAAGCUCACCUCCGUACUGAACGCUCAGCUUGCGACCCCCAUUAAAUUUGAGUAUGACCAAGGUAUGGUGGGUAAGGUAUUUGCCCCUGCUAAAGUCUCUGCUACUGUCCUGAAUCUGCACAGAGGUAUCCUCAACAUCCUUCACCUCAACCUCAAAAAGACCCAAAAUGUCUAUGAGCUACAUGAGGCUGGACCACAAGGAGUUUGCAAGACCCACUACUGGAUCCGUGAGGAUGCUAAGACCAAUCAAAUUGCUGUUACAAAGUCUAAAGACUUUACCAACUGCCAUCAAAGGAUUGUCAAGGAUAUUGGUUUGGCUUAUGCUGAGACCUGUGUGGAGUGCCAGCAAAGGCUAAAGAGUCUGACAGGAACUGCCACAUUUAACUACAUCAUGAAGCCCACAGAUACUGGCGCUAUGGUUUCUGAAGCUACACUUGAAGAGCUUCAUCAGUUCUCCGCCUUCAAUACAAUCACUGGAGCCGCCCAAAUGCAAGCCAGGCAAACUUUGGCCUUACUGGAGGUGCAAAAUGCACCCAUCGCUCCCGUGUCUGCUGAAUAUUUGGUCCGUGGAUCACUGCAGUAUGAGUUUGCCACUGAGCUUCUCCAAACUCCCAUCCAGCUUUUGAAGAUCAAUAAUGCUCAAGUCCAGAUUAAUGAGGUCUUGCAGCACCUGGCUGCAAACAAUAUGGCCAUGGUUCAUGAUGAUGCUCCACUUAAGUUUGUUCAGCUCAUCCAGCUCUUGCGUGUUGCUCAGCUGGGGCAUGUGGAGGCCAUCUGGGCUCAGCACAAGACCAAACCUGUUUACAGGCGCUGGAUUCUGGAUGCACUUCCUUUUGUCGGUACACGAGUAGCUUUGAGAUUCAUCAAUGAGAAGUUCCAAGCUGAUGAGUUAACCAUUCCUGAACUGACCCAGGUCCUUUUGGUUGGUUUGCAUUUGUUGACUGCUAAUCAAGAUGCCAUCCACAUGACAGCUAAUCUGGCACAGCACCCCAAAAUGAAGGCAAUUCCAGUACUGCGUGAGAUGAUCAUCCUUGGCCACGGUUCACUGAUUGCCAAACACUGCGCUGAAGAUCCUACCUGCUCUGCUGAUCUCUUGAAGCAUGUUCAUGAGAUUGCUGCUGAGGCCAUUUCCAAGACUGACAUUCCAGAAAUCGUACUAGCUGUUAAGGCUCUGGGCAAUGCUGGUCACCCUGCUAGCCUUAAAACCAUCAUGAAACUUUUGCCCGGAUUUGGAAAUGCUGCUGCCUCUCUUCCCAUGAGAGUCCAAGUCGAAGCCAUCCUGGCCCUCAGGAACAUCGCCAAGAAGGAGCCAAAGAUGGUUCAGCCAGUGGCUCUGCAACUUUACAUGAAUAAGGAUCUUCACCCUGAGCUGCGUAUGGUUGCCUGCAUUUUGCUGUUUGAGACCAGGCCAUCAGUGGCUCUUCUGUCCACUCUGGCUGGCGAUUUGGAGAAGGAGCAAAACAUGCAUGUUGCCAGCUUUGCUUAUUCCUACAUCAGAUCUCUGAGAAGAAGCCUGGCUCCCGAUUUGAUGCAUGUAGCUGCUGCCGCUAACGUUGCUAUGAGGAUGCUGAGCCCCAAACUGGAAAGACUAAACUAUCGUUUCAGCAAAGCUCUCCAUUACUCUGUCUACAUCUCUCCUGUUAUGGUCGGUGCUGCUGCAAAUAUUUUCAUGAUCAAUGAUGCUGCUAGUAUUAUCCCCAGAGCUAUCGUGACUCAGGCACGUGCCUACCUGGCUGGAGCAGCUGCUGAUGUUCUCGAGGUUGGUAUAAGAACUGAGGGACUUCAGGAUGCACUACAAAAAACUCCUGCUGCAGAUCAAAAUGUUGAUCGCAUAACCAGAGUAAAGAGAACACUUAAAGCACUAAUGAACUGGAAGUCUUUGCAAGCCAAUCAACCUCUGGCUUCCAUCUUUGUGAAAGUCCUCGGACAGGAAAUUGCUUUCGCCAACAUUGACAGAAACUUUAUUGACAAAGUCAUUAUCGAACAGGCAGCACAGCUUGCUACUGGACCACGUGCUCGUGAACUCCUUAAGGAGGCUGUCAAAGCGUUGCAAUCUGGUAUUGCAGUUCAAUAUGCCAAGCCUCUUCUGGCCGCUGAGAUUCGCCGCAUUAUUCCUACUUCUGUUGGUGUACCAAUGGAGCUUGCUCAUUACACUGCUGUUGUUGCCGGUGCCGCUAUUAAUGUUAAGGCAGCAAUUAAUCCACCUCUACCUGAGCACCCAGAGACUGUCACUCUUGAUCAGUUAAUGAAGACUGAUUUCCAAGUGCAGGCUGAAGCCAGACCAAGCAUUGCCAUGCAGACGUUUGCAGUUAUUGGGGUGAACACCGCCUUGAUUCAGGCUGCUGUUAUGGCCAGAGGUUACGUACACACUGUUGUUCCAGGGAAAGUGGCCUUAAGAGCUAAUCUUCCACAACGCAACAUCAAGCUGGAGCUUCUGCCUGUAGAUGUUCCUGACCAUGUUGGUGUUGUCAGUUUUGAGACUGUCGCUGUGGCCAGAAACAUUGAGGAGCUUCCUACUGAAAGAGUGGUAUCUCUGGCACCUCAGAUGCCCUCUGAUGCUGCACAAAGAAUAAUCCCUGCUUCAAUUAAGAAGUCUCUGUGCAUUGCAGUUCCUUACGUUCACAUCAAGGGAUGCCUUGAGAUCAAUUCUAACAAUGCUGGCUUUAUGGGCUUAAAUCCUUUUUAUUAUAUUGUUGGACAACACCUUGCACGUCUUUCAAUAGGACGAGGUGAUGGACCUGCGCUUCAAAAACUAGAGCUUGAUGUCCUUGUUAAUGCAGAAAAGCUUAUUAAACAAAAAAGAAUUGCUAACACAGACAAUCAGGAUGGAUAUAACAGCAUGGAGGAAAAUACCAUCCUGUUAAAACUGAGGGAAAUCCUGGAGGCUGGUCUUAGGCACAUCAACUCCAGCUCAAGUGCUUCCUCUUCCUCCGGUAGCAGCAGAAGUGCUAGCAGCAGCCGCAGCAGUCGCAGCAGCCGCAGCAGCAAGAGUUCAAGCAGCCGCAACAGCAGCAAGAGUUCAAGUAGCAGCAAAAGUUCAAGCAGUAGCAGGAGCAGCCGCAUGUCCAAGGUUAAUUCUACGCUUGCUCUCUUUGAGAGAUUUCCUAAUGAUCAGGUACAGUCAAAGCACAGCAGUGCAUCUGCCGCUCAAGUCAUUAGGAAACAGUUUAAGUUCCUUGGAAAUGCUAUUCCACCCGCUCUUGCUGUAACGGCUCGUGCUGUUAGAGCUGACCGAGCGAUGGGAUACCAGUUCGCUGCUUAUCUGGACAAGCCUGCAUCGAGAAUACAGAUUGUGCUCAACUCCGUGGCUGACAAUGACAAAAGGAAGAUUUGUGCUGAUGCUAUAAUACAGAGCAAGCAUACAAUUGGUGCCAGGGUUGCGUUUGGAGCAGAAUGCCAGGAAUAUUCUUUAGCUGUCAAGGCUGAGGCUGGUCUGCAUGAUUCAAAUCCUAGUGCCCGUCUUGCAUUUGAGUGGGAAAGAGUUCCAAGUAUUCUAAAUCUUGUAACUCCCUAUAUCAAGAGGGCUUGUGAAUACAUCCCUAGGAUCGCACCUUUGGCUGGAAUUAACGUCGACAGAAACGAUAAACCUGAGCAAGAGAUUGAACUAAUCAUGGCUUUACCAUCUCAAGAGUCUUUAAACAUUAUUAUGAGGAUUCCAAGGAUGACCCUGUCAAAGAUGGCUAUACGUCUUCCUGUUGCCCUGCCUAUUGAACGGGAUGGAUCCAUUCCAGCUCUCAAGAAUUUGGACAUUCAAGCUAUUAUUGAUGAGUGGAUGAAUGAGAUUCGGGCUGAAUAUUCAACUUAUUAAAAUACACUAUGUAAAUAAAUAACUGAAAUAAAAAGCAUUGAU